AUGGCCGCCGUAGUGGCCCUGAAUAAUACUAACAUAACGGCCACCAUAAUCAAUGCACCAGAUGGUACUCUACUACCAGCAUUACUGGGUGAAGCUACUGGUGCCACAGUUAUUUCAGCACAUAAUAUUAAAAUAGAAAAAAAUAACAUGCUUUUGGGUGAAGAUAUUUAUAAUCAGCCAGCUACUAAGACAAAACCAAAAGCGCCUUUUUAUCAGGGUAUUACUACAGAAGAUGUUGAUAGGAUUGAAAAUAUUACUAAGGCUGAUUUACAAGCUGUAGCUAAAUCCUUGCAAGAGACUAUGUCUCAAGCAACUAAAACUCUAGAUAAUAGUAAAAAAUCAGCUGAUAAGAGAGUAGAAAAUACUGCCAUUAUACAUUUUUUGAGUGACUUACUAAGAAAAAAACCAUAUAUACACCCUGCCGAUGAAAAUAAUCAUGAUCCUGUAGAUGAUAUUUCAGAUAGCUUAGCAGGAUUAAUAUUAAAUAAGAAAACUAUUUGUAAAAUCCUCCAAAGUGAACUUAAAUUAAUUUUUCCAUCAAUAUUCCUCCCAAAUGCUAAUUCUGAUUCUAAUAAAGCUAAUACAUCAAAACAGAUACCUCCUAUACAGAAGAAAAUAGAGCCCCAAA